CUUGUACAACGUUUCAGGCAGCCCGCAAAAUGACGAGCAAGAAGACUUUUGCUUCUCCUAUUUUCAUCUUCUAUUGGCUUUUGAUGAUUUCCAUCGUUUUAGUCCAACCCGCUCUCUCUGGGCGCACACUUGGCAGCGGCGGUCGCAUGAUUGGGGUGGAUCCAAGCUCUGCUCCUGCUCCCGGGGCAACUGGCGGAAGUUCUCCUACUAACUCUGGUUCUAAACCCGGAGCCCAUGGAUCCCCAGGUUAUCGUGCACUGCAGCCGCGACCAAUUUGCAACAAAGUGCGAUACGCGAACUGCAUCCGGGACCCACCAGAAGCUAGACCAUGUGGGUUCCAGAGCCGUUGCAGCCGUCAUGUAGCACCCUCACCGCCCGCACCCAAAUAAAAGUUCCCAAGAAAACCGGACUUGACCCGUUCCCCUACAAAUAAAGUUGGACCGAGAGUGAUUCAAUCCAUGCUAAGUCCAGAUGAAACCGAGCCCAUGUAAUGGAAAUAGAUGUGUAUAAAUAUAUAUAUAUAUAUAUAUAUAUGUAUGUAUGUAUAUUUUUUUGUAAGUAGGAGGUUUUGAUUCUUGAAUUCAAGACCUUUUAUUUACAAUUUCUUUCACUUUUUCACCCAACCCUCCUCCGAAAAUAAAUGUACUUGCUUUCAAGUGUUUGUAGAAAUAUAUAUAUAUAUAUAUAUAUGUGUGCGCGAGCGCGAGCGCGAGCGCGUGUUGAUUACAAUUUAGUAAAUUUGUAUAAUGCAAAAAUUCUUAGACUACUUAUUUUACUAAA